AUGUCGACUACAGCACGAACAGAGCCCGCGAUAAGCGAUGCGCUGGCUCGAGACUUCCCAGAAGUGGCUCAGUUACCGAAGGAGGACUUGCAGACCCUGCUCGAAGACCCCGCCUACUUUGACGCCUACUUCAACACGAUGUCGCAAGCACUAGCGUACCACCAGGCGAUCGAGCAGAAGAUGCGCGAGAACGUCGACUUGGCAGAGAGAAGCGAGGCGAUGAAGCCGGACCUUAAGCGGCUACGUGAAUACACGGCGCGGCUGUUCAACGAGGCGAACGAGCUGAAGCAGCGAUGGGCGUACCUCGACGAUGCGCAGCGGGAGGCGUACAAGCGCUUCUCUCAACCCGCGCAGCUGUCCCGCUACCGAGCUGCGACAACUGUCCAAGAACACCUCUCCGACUCGCUCGUCUCGGCGUUCCUCUCCGGCGAAGGCGACGACGAGAGCUUCCUCAAGCAAUAUCGCGAGGUCCGCAAGGUGUACCACAAGCGCCAGAUCGGCCUGCAGAAGUGGGACGAGGGGAAGGUCGUCUGGAUGGGCUGA